GAUCACUCAUCUGGAACGAGCGAAUGCUUCAUGUUUUCUUUGCACGAGGCUUCUGCUUGGGUUGUGCGCCUCCUCCCAGGCCAUUAAACCGUGGCACACGCAUUUCUGAGACUAACUAUUCACCCUGAGGUUUCUUAGUCCAUUGUCAUUUCCCUGGAAAUAUAUCCAAUAGCCAAAGUUGGCCACUGACGACGUCAGCGCUUCUAACCAAGCUUUCCAGGGCUUCGGAAAACCAGGGAGAGUGCAAUCAGGCAGUGCAACGUAACCAAGGCAUUGCACGAAGCAGCGGACAUCACUGCCUUGCGUGUCGCGCAGUCUUGCUCAUUUGACCACCCACGUUGCUCCUCUGAUAGCGUCGCUGCGGCGAGCAUCCACGCAGCUACAGGAUGGGCAACAUACAAUUCUACCCGGACAUCUAUGCCGACCUUGAAAAGUGGAACAGCAGCACCAGGGCCAAUGUGACCGAUCGGAAUACGAAAAUCGAUGCUCUGUUGGCUACGGUCAAUAGCACAGCGACGACGACGGCCGCACUGGCCGCGAUAAACGAGAGCGCAACGUACCGAAUCUCACAAACGGUCCCGCUACCAACUGGGGCUGCCAGCCAGCUGCCGCUAUUGCUGGAUCGGAACUGCUUGUUGAACGCUUAUUCUAUCAACGCAACCUAUGAGAGGGUAUACGCCGAUUUGAACGACCUCUUGAAGCCGCUCAAUACCAAGAUUGAGAACACUAAAAUCUACCUUACCGCUCUGGCAGCUGUUGACACGCCAGCUUCGGUGACACAAGUGAAAGUUACAGACGCUAAUGUUGCCAGUCUGCAAACGGACACCGGGAGUAACUCCUGGCCCACACAGAAGACAAAUCUGACCACGCUGGCUCUUGAUGCAACCUACAAGGAUCCACGUCUCGCUAGCGAUCAGAUACCCACAGCGCUGAGCAAUCUAUCCUUGUCUUCACCCACGGCGCUCAAGACCUUCGUGGCGACCGUGAUCACGACUUACUCUGAGAACAGGAUGGCGGUGAUCGCUGCGGCAAACCCAUAAAUACUGGUUCUUGGGUAAAGUCUCGUGCAUGCAUGAUUCGUAUUAUGACCUUCUCACGCUAUGGCCACCGUUCAGCCCGUGCACAUUCACAACACUCACCUCCAGAUAACAUUUCAAAUUGGCGACGGCGGAGAUCUGUAGGACAGAUGCGCUCUGCGCUCGUUUUUCGCGGCACCUGCUCGCCAGCUUAGCAUGAUAAUGUCAUCAUUGGCAAAUAGCCACCGACGCCCUAUGAAAAUGGUUUAGAGCAGCGCCCUCAAUAGCAUCCUCCCUCCCUCCUUACCACAAUGUGAUGUUAUCUUUCACUCUACUUCUCUCACGACCAUCUACCCAUUGUCCUCGUUCCUCACUAUUAUUCGUUUCCCCUCCUCCUCCACUCCUCAUGGUUUUACUGCAUUUAAAACAGUUAUGGUGUGCUUUGUGUGCGUAGACGCCGAGACCUUUAAGGUCGGCAGAGCAGCCUGGCCCCGCUACCACUUCUCGCACAUAUUCGGGAAUAUAGUAGACUUUCGUAAAAAAUAAAAUGAAAAUUA